AUGAGUUCCCCGAAGGAAAGCAAGAAACGCAAAUCAGACGCAUUGGACCAGGCGUGCCUGGAGCUGAGUGAGGAAGUAGAAAACGCGGAAGAAUUCACAAAGAAAAGUGAAGAAGUAGAAGAAGAAGAUCUUGAAACCCAAUUCAACAACUGGAAGGUGAACAGUGGAUUACUCUACGACUUUGUAAGUAGAAAGGAAUUGGAGUGGCCCUCAUUAUCUAUUGACUUUGGUGAUUAUCACAACGAGAACCAUGAAGAUAAUGUGUUUAAUCAAAUAGUAUGCGUUGGAACACACACGUCUAAUAAAGAGCCGAACUACCUGUACGUGUGUGAUGUGUUAUUCCCACUGGUGCAAUUACCACAAGAGAAUUGUAUUUACAAAACAAAUGAAAAUUACGAAGGAUUUGAUUUCUGUUCAGAUAAAAAAAAAUUUACCAUUCAAUCGAAAAUAGCACAUGAAGGAGAAGUCAAUCGAAUCAAAUUCCUUCCCCUUGAAAAAAAAAAUUUUGUUAUGACCAAGGCAGUUGAUGGUAAUCUUCACCUAUUUGAUAUUAACAAACACAAAAUUGAAACAAGUGAAAAUAAAAUGAACCCAGAAGUGUCUUUCGUGGGAAAUGCUUCAGAUGGAUUCGGUUUAGAUUUUAAUGCAGAAAAAAAAUAUGCACUGACUUGUGGAAAUGAUGGUAUAAUAAAUCUUUACGACUAUACAGAUUUAAAUACUAAAAAAGUUAGUCCUUUUUAUAAGGUAAAAUAUAAAUCUCCAUUGAAUGAUGUGUGUGCAACCAAUGACCCCAAUUUAAUUUUGGCUUGUGCUGAUAAUGGGUACAUAUUACUAUACGACAUCCGAGUCAAGGCAGAAGAACCCGCACAACAGGUUCUAGGCCAACAGGUAGCUGUUAAUUGUAUCUCGUUAAAUAAAUUCACAGGACAUUUUGCAUCUGGAAGUGACAAUGGAAAAAUUAAAAUAUGGGAUAUUAAAAGGUUUAGUGAACCCCAACAUAUAAUUCAUGCACAUAAGGAACCCAUUAUCCGAUUGAACUUUUCUCCUAAUGAUUCUUCCAUCCUCGCUUCUGCUAGCACCAGUCGUUUUAUAAACAUUUAUAAUUUAACGAAAAUUGGAGAAGAGUUAGAUGCAAUUGAUUUGUCGGAUGGUCCAUCUGAGUUGAUUUUCUCUCAUGGAGGACAUACGCAACCGAUUACCGACUUCAACUGGAACCACCACAAACAGCUAAAGAUGUUUAUAGGCUCCACUGGCGAAGACAACACGUUGCAGUUCUGGCAACUCAAGACGGAGCUCCUCGACGAGGCCAACACCGUUCCCACGUCCAAUACCGAUGUCGAGUGA